AUCGAGAAGACUAAUGGGUCAUCGCGUAAACUUCAACCUCUUGGAACGGACGAGAGUAACGAUCUGAAACCCUCGUGGCGCUCGCUGUUUAUUUUCCUCAAGAGAAGCCACGCUCCAGCAGUGGCCUUCGCUCUUACCUCCACCUUCAUUUCAGCAUGUAUCAAACCUGCAUCGGCCGUCUUCUUUGGUAAAAUCUUUUCCGUCUUAACGAAAUUCGGUGCGGGAACACUGGACACUCAGCAAUGCCUCCACGAAAUAUCCGAGUGGUGCGUUGCACUUGUUUGCCUCGGUGGUUUUGCUUGGAUCGUGGAAGGAGUCUUCUUCUCUUCGUGGGUGAUGUUUGGAGAAUUGCAGGCCAAAAGUCUGAGACUUCAAAUGUUCGAAGGCAUGCUGGAUAAGAACAUGGAGUGGUACGAUCUACGACAAGACGGGGUUGGCGCUCUCAUGAUCCGAAUUCAGACUCAAAUACGGGAGCUUCAAUUGGCUGUCUCUCAGCCACUCGGCUUCCUGACUUACGAAGUGAUCGGUGUUGGCGCAGCGUUGGGACUUGCGUUCUACUUCUCCUGGAAGCUGACCCUUGUCAUCAUCUCCACAUUUCCCAUUGCUGGAGCCCUUCUAUACUUUGUUUCGCUCAAACUGGGUCCCGCGAUUGAGUCGCAAAAGCGCGAGCUCACACAAGCUUCGAAGUACGCCAACACCGCCAUCACGAACAUCAAUACAGUCAAGGCGUACAAUGGCCAAGAUCAGGAAGUCUGGCAGUAUGAAAGCACAAUUAAGCGUGUAGCGAUUAGUUACAUGAUUCAAGCCCGCACCAAUGCUCUUCAGCAUGCUAUCAUCAAGUUUAUGAUGAUUGCAUUGUUUGUUGAGGGAUUUUGGUUCGGACUUUAUCUCGUCAAUAGAGGCGUCGACCCUGGACAUGUCCUUACCACUUUCUAUGCCUGCCUGAACGCCUUGCAGGCUGUCGAGGUCGUCUUGCCACAAUGGCUUGUAUUGACAAAGGGGAUGUCGGCAGGUGCCACAUUGGAGACCAUCAUGAUCCAGAUGCGAAAUGGAAGAAAGAUUACAACUAUGACUGGGUCUUGUAAGCCAAAGUCGUGCCUGGGUGAUAUUGAGAUUAAUAAGGUCUCAUUUACAUAUCCAGUAAACCCACAACAAACAAUCCUGAACAAAGCCAAUUUCUUCUUUCCAGCUAGUGAGACAACUUUUAUCGUCGGGUCUAGUGGAUCGGGGAAGAGCACCCUUGGCAGCUUGCUUAUGAAGUACUACGAACCGUCCCGAGGAGAAAUUCUCUUAGAUGGGAAUCCUUUACAUAUCCUGGAUCCUGAUUGGCUGCGCCAAAAUGUCAGUUUGGUACAACAAAAAAGUGUUCUAUUCAACGAGACUAUCCUCCAGAACAUCGCAUUCGGUCGCGAACUUGCUCCAACUACAGAUGAUAUUGUUGAAGCAUGCCAGGCUGCUGACCUUGAAGACACACUCAAAGCAUUGCCGCUCGGGCUGGAGACGGUUGCAAUGUCCGGUGGACAAGCACUGAGCGGUGGCCAACAGCAAAGAAUUGUCAUCGCAAGAGCCCGUCUACGAAAUUCUCCUAUCCUCAUCCUUGACGAAGCUACCAGUGCCCUGGACCAGACGAGCAGGGAAAGAGUUAUGACCGAGAUUCGAAAGUGGCGGAAAGGAAAGACCACUAUCAUCAUCACACAUGAUGUUUCUCAGAUCCAUGAUAAUGAGUAUGUCUACGUGCUUCAAGCUGGCACCGUGGUACAAGAAGGUUACCGGUCCAACCUUGCAGACAGACAAUUCGGAGCUUUUGCUGCUCUGGUCGCAGCUGCUCAAACCCCAUUGAUACCUUUCGCGGAUCAAAGAAGAAGUUCUGCACCCACCUCACCUGCAACACCUAGUAAAUCUUCCUUUGACGAGCUACUACACUUGAACUGGAACCACGUCUCCCGGCCAUUCGGCAUGCCGAACUUAUCACCUCGUACAGGAACCAGCGUCAACGUUCGAAAUAGUCUUCUCCUCAGUGUUGGAGCUACUCAGGCAGAUUCAACGUGGAAUAAAAACAUAUGGUCGUCGCCAGUCAUUUCGGAUGAGGGAUCCUUCAGCCCUCGCUGGAGCACUUCCACGCGUUUUGCUUCGCCGGAAUCCUUAUCAAGCAGGUUCUCUCGUGCAUUUCCAACGAUUUCCAAUACGAUAGACUCUACAUUUAACGACCUCGAAGGUGCAAAUAAGAGUCUAUCUCAGCCCGAAGGCGCUGUCAAUCCAAAUCCAAAAGGAAACCGAGGCGAAGGAUUUAAGCAUCUACCUGAACUUGAGCUACCUCGACUUGAGUUACCUGACCUUGAUCGUCCUGAGCAUGAGCCACCUUUUCCAGUCGAUUUAUCGCCUCCAUUAUUACCUUUAAAAAAGCCUGCGUCGUUGAGCUUGAUCUUUCAGACAGUCUGGCCAAAUCUGAACUGGAGAGACAGAUCGUGCCUCGUUCUCGGCUUCCUGGCAGCUCUGAUCGUAGGAGCUUCGACUCCAGCAUUUGCUUAUGUGUUUACGCAACUGCUUGAAGUCUACUAUCUCCCUAGUAAUCGAGGUAUGGAGGCACUGAAGUGGGCUUUGAUUCUGCUAGGCAUCGGUGUGGUCGAUGCGGUGUCCGUGUUUUCCAUGCAUUAUGCGCUGGAACACAGCGGACAAGCGUGGGUCAACAAGUUGAGAGUGGAAGCCUUGAAGCGAAUUUUACGCCAACCACGAUCAUGGUUCGACAAGGAGAGAAAUUCGGCUGCCAAUUUGAAUGCUUACCUGGAUCGCAACGCAGAAGAGAUGCGCAAUCUGAUAGGUCGCUUCGCAGGUCCUAUCUUCACAACUUUCUGGAUGCUGGGCAUAUCGCUUGUCUGGUCGAUGGUCAUUUCGUGGAAACUCACACUCGUGGCUGUGGCCUGCGGUCCAGCUAUGUAUGUUCUAAUACAGGUUUUCAAUCUUGUCAGCGGGAAAUGGGAAGAAAAGUGCAAUAAGGCUUCAGAGCAUACCGGCAGUAUCUUCACGGAGACGUUCUCAAACAUCCGCGUCGUUCGGGCUUUGACCUUGGAAUCAUACUUCAAACGCAAGUAUGAGAAUGCCGCAGUUGAUACCUAUAAGAUUGGGAUGUCUCGAGCCAUCUAUACAGGUGCUUUCUUCGGUUUGGGAGAUACCAUGAGCUAUCUACUCACUGCCAGCGUCUUCUACUAUGGCGCCGUCAUCAUCACCAGCGGACAACUCGAUGUGACUACCGUUCUUCAAGUCGUCAAUCUUCUUAUGUUUGGGAUUGCUAACGCAAUGGCGAUGCUGAUGCUUGUGCCACAGCUCAGUUCAUCACGCACAGCGGCGACAUACAUGCUUCAUCUCGCCAAUCUUCCACUACACAAUACGCCGGAGACCAUGGGCAAGAAGCGAUUGAAAUCUCCGUUCCCAAUCGCCUUCAGCAAUCUCUCGUUCACCUAUCCCCUGCAACGCAAACCCAUCCUCCAGAAUAUUUCGCUCAACUUUCAACCAGGAACCUGCACAGGGAUCGUCGGGCCUUCGGGCUCGGGAAAAUCUACCAUCUCAUCCCUCCUCCUUGGUCUCUACACACCCAACCCGGCUCCCGUCGACAAGCUCGCGCCUUUAUCCUUCGCCGGCGUGCCCAUCACCCAAUGCAAUAUGGCCAGCCUUCGUAACCAGAUCUCCAUCGUCGCUCAACAACCGCUUCUCUUUCCUUGUUCCGUCCUCUCGAAUAUCAUCUACGGCCUACCAGAAGGCUCUUCUUACGCGAACCUCAAUUCGGCAAUGCAAGCCGCUCGAGACGCUGGUAUCCAUGAUUUCAUCAUGAGCUUACCGAAUUGCUACGCUACCAUUGUGGGCGAAGGAGGAAUGAGCGUCUCAAGCGGGCAAGCCCAGAGAAUCGCUAUUGCACGAGCACUAGUCCGACGUCCAAGGAUCUUGAUUCUUGACGAAGCGACCAGUGCACUCGAUGCUAUUAGUGCAGAGGCGAUCCGACAAACUGUGCGUUUGCUGAUUCAACGAGGAAAAGAUGCCAGAGAUGGUGGUGUAGCAGUGAUCAUCAUCACCCAUGCGGUCGAGAUGAUGCGGAUUUGCGAUCAGAUCGUCAUGAUCGAGAAUGGAAAGAUGGUGGAGAGUGGUGGAUUUGAUGAGCUGAGGAGUAAGGAUGGGGCAUUUGCGGGGUUGAUUGGGAGUAAGUCGGCGACCAAGGGGGACGCGAAAGGGUUGGGCAUAGAGAGGAUAGCAAGCCCGUGGAAGGCGAGGACUCGACAGAAUUGGUUUAGACAGACGUCGUAUUAGGGACGAGAGGAUAGAAAUACGAUGCCCU